GUGCAAUGUCGGAAUGGCGCACGUCUGUGAUCGAGCUGCCAUCGGCGAUGACGAUCGUCGCUGCGAAUUCUGCAGCAAACUAUUCAUACAGAGGAAGAACAUGGUGCAACACAUCAGGAACGUUCACAAAAUGGCCGUGGAUGUCAAGAAAUUGAUGAAAUGCGACGUAUGUGGCACUUCCCUGCCUACAAUGGAGAAGUAUUCGGUGCACCAGAUCGCUGCGCACAACUUCGAGGCUGAUUACGUGCACCUGGUGUUCCGGAACAAUAAGGAAUUUCAUGAAUGGAAAGCAGAAGAAGAGGGUAGCCAAAACCGCUGGUUCAUUUUGCCCAGGGACCCCAAAAAGCUGGCCAGUGGAGAAACAAGGAUCCACUAUUACUGUAAUAGAUCAGGCGAGGCAAGGAAAAAGGAAGGUCAUAGUGACCGUCGGGAGAAAAGUCAGGGGAGCUGUAGGUCUGAUCUUGUGCUAUGAGAUGAGGAGGUGUAAAAUAAAAACACCGUGUAGAUUUCACAAUGCCUUUAAGAAACCACGCGAAGCUUGGAGAUGAAGCAUUACAUGCACCUUGAACCAAGUGUCUGGACACAGCGACUGAAAGUUGUUUUGUCAUGAGCGAGGGUGUCGG